AAAGCACUCCAACUUUCACCUAUACAUUUCUCCUCGAGCAGCAGUUCGUUUAUAUAUACUAAAUGCGUAUAUAUAAACCACCACGAGUCCACAAACACAUGCAUAGCUAGCUAGCAAUUCCACCACGUACUCCCCGUCUCCCACCUGGGUGAACGACACAAGUCGUAGGCUCUCUCCGAUGGCUCACCACCGGCAGCGCGGCUUCAUCCCGUCGUUGUUCUCCGGGCCGUGCCUGGCCCUCGCCGUGAUGACCCUGCUGUGCGCCGCCGCUUCCACGACGGCGCAGCAGCAACCACCGCCACUGCCACUGCCAACACUGCCACAGCCGACGACGACGACGACGACGCCCGCUAUACCGAGCGUGCCCGCGUGCGCGCCGGCGCAGGCCACGCUGUCGCCGUGCUUCAGCUACCUCAUGGGCAACUCGUCGUCGCCGCCCACGGAGUGCUGCGCCCAGAUACGGGCCAUGUUCCAGUCGCAGGCGCCGUGCCUGUGCGCCGCCAUGGCGUCGGGGCCCGUCCAGCAGCUCGGGUCCGCGCUCGGCCAGAUGCUGCCAGCCUCGUGCGACCUGCCCGCGGACGCGUGCUCGGGGGGAACGAGCGCUACCCCGACGACUGAUCCGGUGACGCCGGUGUCAGGCACAACCCCUGCGGCGGCGGCACCGGCGGCGACUGAGCCCAACGGUCUGGACGACCCGACGGCGCCAGCCGGUGGCUCAGGAAUCAAGUCACUUCCAGGCUUGCCUCACUCGGCUGCAGCAGCAGGCUCCAGCGGUGUAUCUGCUGCUGCUCUCUUUAUGUCCUUGUUAGUCGUUUAUCUUCUUCGUUGAACUCUGCUGUGGUUAUAUAUGUAAUUCUGGCUUCUGGGAUUGUUCGUUGUUUUGAGUCAUGUCCAUGGUGCAUAUACACGUUCAAGAUGAGUUGGUUGGUAAUAUGCUGUUCAUGUUUUUAGUAAUGUUCUCUGUACUUAUUGGGAGAUACGAUCAGUGGACGUGCGUGGACAUGGAUUUUAAUGUGGGCAUUUGACA